AACAAAGCGGGUAUUAUAACUUGUCAAGGUUGGAUGUGUAAAUAAGCUCUUUCGUUAUCUUAAAGAAACACAAAUUAGUUAAGUUUCACCUUCUUUUGUUCCACAAAAGACUACUUUGUCAUGGAUUUAUUUCCAUCCCAUUUGUUUGUUAUCUGUCGACACUAGUUCUGCGCGAUUUUCCGAUUUUUUUAUCAUGUCUUUGAGUGAAAUAGUUGAGAAUGUAAAGCAAGCACGAGAACUGGCUUUGCUUGGAAACUAUGAAAGUUCGUUAACGUAUUAUUCUGUUGGUCUUGCUCAACUUAAGAAGUUCACUGUUUCAAUUUCUGAAGCAAACCGAAAACAACAAUGGCAAACUGUACGGCAAGAGCUUACAGAUGAAUAUGAACUGGUUAAAGACGUCAACCAAACGUUGUCUAGUUUCAAAAUAUCUGAUGAUGACUCGGGUUUGAGUGCUUUUGCCAGUCGCUAUAAUUCCCGUUCAACUGUUGAAGAGCCAACUAGAGACCCAGAUGUUUGGCCACCUCCCCCUCCUCUCGAACGAAGGCACGGGAAUAGUUCUCAAAACGCUGGAUCAAAUAUUCAGCCAAAUUCAGUUUCUAGCUCUUACUAUAAGCCGCCUGUUGCUCAUGCUCCAGCUCCCCCUCCUCCAUCCGUUAGCUCCAAGUCAUCUAAUAAUACUGCGGGAUCAUUUCGUCGCAAUGUCAGGCCCAGUCCGACGAAUCCUCGAUCUAAGGGUACCACUCAAACCUCUGCAAAUAAUCGUCGUGUCAAAUCUGGAUCUCAACCUACUGGGGAUGCUACUACCACUGCUAACAAUAACAAUGAAGAGAAAUUUGAUGCUAGUGGAUACGACAAAGAUCUUGUGGAAACACUAGAACGCGAUAUUGUUCAACGUAAUCCAAAUGUUCGAUGGGAUGAUAUAGCUGCAUUAGAUGAUGCAAAACGUUUACUUCAAGAAGCUGUAGUUCUCCCAAUGGUUAUUCCGGGUUUCUUUAAGGGAAUACGUAGACCAUGGAAAGGGGUAUUAAUGGUUGGUCCGCCUGGUACGGGCAAAACAUUAUUAGCUAAAGCUGUUGCAACAGAAUGUGGCACCACAUUUUUCAAUGUUUCCAGUUCUAGUCUAACAAGUAAAUGGAGAGGUGAAUCAGAAAAAUUAGUCCGUCUUUUAUUUGACAUGGCACGUUUCUACGCACCAAGCACAAUAUUCAUGGAUGAAAUCGAUUCAAUCUGUUCUCGACGUGGUGGUGAAUCAGAACAUGAAAGUUCUCGGCGUGUUAAAUCUGAACUUUUAGUGCAAAUGGAUGGAGUAACAGGAGCUACAGGACAAGAAGAGGAUCCUACAAAAUCUGUUAUGGUUCUUGCUGCUACGAAUUUCCCUUGGGACAUUGACGAAGCUUUGCGUAGACGUCUUGAGAAACGAGUGUACAUACCACUUCCAAAUGGUAUGAUAUUUGUGUGAAGUAUUUGCCUUACGAUAUUAGGUUUUUCGAAUUUAUGUGGAAUUUCGCGGGUAAUUCAUUUUCACCAUUCUUUACAACUUGGCCAGGCUCUGUUUAGAGUCUGUUACAUUAGAUUGCAUUUAUUUCUAUCUAUAUUCACUUUUCCCAUUCUACCUAUCUUCUAGACUUUGACAUGUUAUCUAAUGUUCUGACAGUUUAUAUUUUUAUCAACUGAAUAUUGUCCUAUGAAUUGUGAUCAUCUUACAAUAAAUCUGUUCUAACAGUAUGAUGUUCGCGCUAAAUUAAUAUAUACCUUGUCAUUUUCAAAUGUUUCCAAGUGAUAGAUACUUUCUAAAAGCUAGUCUUAUUGGAAUCGAUAUAAAUGGGAAAGCAAACAAAUGUUAUACACAGUGACUGCACGCAAAACUCUGUUGCAAAUCAACUUGAAAGACGUUCCUUUAGCAGAAGAUGUUGAUUUAGACAGUAUAGCUGAACAAUUAGAUGGUUAUUCCGGUGCAGACAUAACGAAUGUAUGCAGAGAUGCUUCAAUGAUGUCUAUGCGACGAGCUAUAGAAGGACUCUCAGUAGAGCAAAUUAAAGGUCUUAAUACUGCUACACUUAAUCAGCCGACACGAAUGGCUGAUUUCGAAGAAGCAGUCGGUCGUGUGUGCAGAUCUGUUUCAGCCAGUGAUGUUGAACGGUAUGAGAAAUGGAUGACAGAGUUUGGGGCUACAUGAACUGCUGAUUUACGUUUACCGAUGUGGACUUAUACCAUUCGCACAUAUUUGAUUGGCUUAUCCAGGUUUUUACCUUGCAAAUAAAUGUACUUCAUUGUCAUAUCUCAAACCUACGUAUCUCAAAUCAUCAGAUUAUAUGGAUACUACAUUCAUGGCUCAAAUGACUGAAUAACUGAAUCCAGCAUUCCAAUUAAUUGCGCUUUACAAUUGAGGAAAAAAAUACAUCAAUUGCCAUGUUUUCUUGUUGGUUUACACUCGAACGUGUUGGUUCUCCUCUAUGCUUCCUACCCGUGAUGGAUAUUUUUUUCACUUUACACUAGGUAGAAUGUUUUUGAUUUGAUAAAUCUUGUAUGUCUUUCAGUUGUCCAGAAAUAGGCUAAUACAAUCUUUGUUGAUAACUGUAUGGGUAUUUAUUAGCCACAUAUUCGUUCUAUAGAACUCCCCAGUGGAUUUAUUCUAUUGACUGUUUGAUUGAGAACCUGUGAAAAUUUCCGACUGGGAACGGGAAAGCGAUAGUCGAUUCUGUAAUUUCCCUUUCUAAUUAGAUAACUCCUUAUGAGUUGUAAAUCGAUUGCGUAUCAUCGUUGUAAUUGCAAAUGUAAUCAUUCAACACAAUUUCAACGAACAUUUUCCACAUUGAUUUCACUUUAAGACUAGAAAUCUUUUGAUCAGCUGCCAAUGUAACUGUACUUUUCGGUCAUUCUGCAAUACCUUAAUAUUCAUUCUACAAUCUAGCAAACAAAAACUAUGUAUUCCUGAAAGUGUCGGAUUCAGUCAUAUGAAGGGGUGCCACAUUAUUUUUUAAUGGUGAUUAUUCGUUAGUGAACAAUAAAUAUCAUCACUGAACUUCAAUUAUGCAGUGAUCAUUACACUUCGCAUUAGGGCUGUGAGAGUAGACAUACAAAGCUAAAACGUAUUGGACAAAAUCAUCAUGACGAAUAGUAAGGAGGUGGAGCAAUGUUAAGAAAUUACUAGGAAGCAAAGCAAAGUAUGGAGUAGGAUACAGAUUUGAAGGAAAAUAACAACAUGCUCGCCAUUGCAAUUAAUCUUAAGGCUUAUUGUCAAACGUUACAGAUUGUCGAUUGUUUUACGUAAGCCCACAAAACUGAAAAUAACAGAGAAUUGUGACAUUUCGAUGUGACUACUUCGAGGCUGCUCUCCUACCUCAGACAUGUAUAUAUAAUUUGAAGCUACUUUUGGUGGAUUCUCAUUUUUAUAGCUUGUUGAAAGUGUAUGAUUUUAUUUGGAGGACAGAAACGAAGAGACUGGUUGGUGUGGGAAACCAUACGUUAAUGUAUUCUGUGGUGUUCGUGCUAAGUAAUAAAUGUUUUGUAAAUCGUUACGCGUCUGUUUGAAAUUACGAGGUUAUACCUUCAAUUCUGCUCACUGUAUUCUCUAUUACUUGAGUGCUGGUGGAUUUGUGAUCACUAGAUUACGUAUUGGACAGUUCUAGGAAUUACCAGUUCAUAUUACCGAAUUCGGUACUACUGCAUCUACUCAUCACAGUUUUUGUACUUAAAAGUUUAACCAUUGAGACAGUGAAAUAAUAUUGAACAUGCAGCUCACAAUAAAGUGGACAACAUGUACAGACCUCGUUGUAAUAGUCAUUCACUCAAGAUGUGUACCGUAUGCGUUUGAAGUCAAUUUUUCUGACUCACCCAGAUCGGAAAAUUCGACUGGAUGUAACACCAACUGUGUGACGACUAUAAUCGAUUUGACAUUCUUCAAGAGAGAAUUAUUACUACGGAAGAUUCUACUUAAUGUGAGUAUAACUUUAUUAAAACAGUGGAUUAGACAGAAUAAUUAACGUUACAUAAAAGCAAAAAGUGUACAGGCAUUAAAAAUGUAUAUUUAAAAUUCAAUAGUCAAUAAAAUGUCUGCAGU